UGUGAGCUCGGCCAUCAUUGUGCACGAAAAUGCAUCUUUGGAUUUCAUAUGUUUUGCUAAGUGCAAUGUCAGUGUGCAUUGUUGAGAUGUUUGGCAGUUAUGGAGAAAUAUGUCAACGACUGUGUGCCUGUGAGGAGAGAGAGGGCAUUCUCACAGUGAGCUGUGAAAACAGAGGAGUUUCAAGUAUCUCAGACAUAAGCCCAGUGUACUUCUCCCAGUAUCAUCUGCUGCUAACAGGAAACCUUUUGAAAAAGCUAUCUGCUAAUGACUUCGUUGACUACAAAGGACUUACAAUAUUACAUCUGGGAAAUAAUGACAUAUCUGAAGUGGAAGCAGGAGCUUUUAAUGGACUUCAGGGAUUAAAACGAUUGCAUCUCAACAAUAACAAAAUAGAUGCCUUGAAGGAAGAGAUUUUCUUUGGCCUUGAAAGUCUGGAAUAUCUACAAAUUGAUAAUAAUUAUAUCACCCACGUGGCGCCUAAUGCCUUGAGCAGAUUUCAACAUCUGGAGGUCCUGAUUCUAAAUGACAACUUAAUAUCUUCUCUGCCAGUGAACAUUUUCCAGUAUGUACCCUUGACUCAUUUAGACUUAAGGGGGAAUCAGCUUAAAGUCCUCCCCUACUCAGGUCUGCUGGAGCACAUGAACAGCGUUGUGGAGUUACAGCUGGAGGAGAAUCCGUGGAACUGUUCGUGUGAGCUCAUUGCUCUUAAAACCUGGCUCGAGAGCAUAUCAUAUUCAGCUUUAGUUGGAGACGUUGUUUGUGAGUUCCCUUUCCGGCUUCAUGGGAGAGAUCUCGAUGAAGUUUCAAAACAGGAGUUGUGCCCGAGGAGAGCCAUUGCUGAAUAUGAGAUGCCCCAGCUGCCACAUUUGAGCACCGAUGCAUACUAUAGGACCACACCAGCUCUACUCCCAGCCUCCUUCACCUCAUCUGCAAUUGCACGGUCCUCAUCAAGACCCACUAAGGGACCCCGCCAGUCAAGAAAAUUAAAAUCAAGGCCCACUGCUCUGAUCUCAUCAAACAAACCACAAAAUUAUGGGCAAAUUAUUUCAUAUCAAACCAAAUCCCCUGUGCCUUUAGAUUGCCCAACUGCCUGCACAUGUAACCUUCAAAUUUCAGACCUUGGCCUGAAUGUGAACUGCCAAGAGCGAAAAAUUGAGUCCAUCUCCGACUUAAAUCCCAAACCUUACAAUCCCAAAAAGAUGUAUCUAACUGGGAAUUUUAUCCCUGUGGUGCGUCGAUCAGAUUUUAUUGAGGCAACUGGAUUAGAUUUGCUUCACCUGGGUAACAAUCGAAUAUCUCGCAUACAUGACCGAGCUUUUGGCGAUUUGACACAUCUAAGAAGACUAUACCUUAACGGGAAUGUGAUUGACCAUCUUACAGCUAACAUGUUUUAUGGCCUGGAGACUUUACAGUUCUUAUACUUAGAAUACAACAUCAUUAAAGAGGUGACUUCUGACACCUUUCAGCAUGUUCCCAAACUUCAGCUUCUUUUUCUGAACAAUAACCUCUUGAAAACGUUACCAGUCGGAACAUUAAACGGCCUCACAUUGGCCAGACUGAAUAUUCGGAGCAACCAUCUCCGAUACCUGCCGGUCAGCGGCGUGCUAGAUCAGCUUACAGCACUGGUGCAGGUAGAUUUGUUUGAGAAUCCCUGGGAUUGCUCUUGUAGGAUACUGGAGUUAAAGAUGUGGCUGGAGCAGCUUAGCACAGGCACGGUUGUAAACAAUGUCAUCUGUGGAUCGCCUAAGAAGCUAGCUGGGGAGGAUAUGAGAUACAUUAAGACAACAAAUGUCUGCCCUAAUAACUCUGAUAUACUUGCCUCCAUGAUCCCACCCUCGGAAGAAUCUUUUCCUGGCAGCACUAUCACCAUAGAAACAUCCUUGGACUAUGACACACAAUACAGCGCCAUUCCUUUAUCUGUGAUGAUUCUAGCCCUUCUCCUCAUCUUCAUUGUGUCUGUGUUUGUGGCUGCAGGAUUGUUCGUGGUAAUGAAAAAGAGACAUCAAAAGUGUCAAAUAGAGCAUAAUAACUCCAUGAAUGCUUGCAUUAGCUCUCUCAACAUUGAAUACGGCCUCUACAAAAAGGGAUCCAUUCCCAAAGUCAGAACAUCUGCAGGACAUGUAUAUGAGUUCAUCCCACCUCCCGCAGAACCCACAUGCAGAACUACUGCCCAAACCCCGACGGACAGCAAAUCAGUGGAUGGAUUUAGAGACUUUGACGAGUUGAGCGGUGCUUUUCUGGGUAACUCGGAUGAAGAGGCAGCCAGUAAUGUAAUAAGCUUGGAAUACAGUGCCACUACUCCAGAGCCUCUUAACAAGUCCUCCAUCCCUCACCGAGAUGAUCAUGAGUGUUACUACAGAGAUGUACUUGAACCUGACAAGCACACACACUACAGCAAUACGUUACCAUGCAGGCAUGCGGCACGCUCUUCAAGUCUGUAUACCUCAGACUUUGAUGCAAGGAAUCAAUACGUGCAGCCAGACAGAAUACAACAGACAAUACUGUAUUGUGCAGCACCAAGUACUGUGUAUGUGGAGCCCAACAGGAGCGAGUACUGGGAACUGAAAGCAAAGCUUCAUAUUGAUCCAGACUACCUUGAAGUUCUGGAGAAGCGAACAACAUUUUCACAGUUUUGAGAGAUCUGACACCUGGGCGGUCAGAUCGGAUGCAUUGUUGCAAUGUUUCUAUUUUUAUCAGGAAUCAGACCCUGUUUGAAAAACAGGCAGAACUAUUUCAUGACAUUUAUAAGUACAAUGCAAUGUGACCUAGACUAUAUGCAUUUCUGGACAUUGUGUGUUACAGCAUUGAGUAACAAAGUGGAACACUUCUCAGUUUAAAGUAACCCUUAACCCCUGUGGUAUUCAACAGUUUGAUCAUUUGUAAAUAUCAACCAGAAAUGAUUGGGUUUUAUGACUCAUCCCUACCUAAAAUACAUCCUAGAGCUGUUUGAUUGACCAUAAUGCGAGACCGAGCUUUUUUCUCUCAAAUUAGCUGCAUUAUGAUGUCAAUGAAGUGUGCAGAUAAUGUUCUUAUCCCAAAAUAACUUAGAUUUGUUUAACAGUUAUACCCAUGGCUACAAAAUUGAACAAAUCAAAUUCAUUUUAACAGGAAAUGUAUCUGUAAACAUUAAUUUGACCUACGUGUGUAGGUGUAACAAAAGACGCAUCUGUUUUAUACCCUGAAAUUGUGCUCCAGUAAAAAAUGUAGUCACACAUUAGGGAGGCACUUUUUCCUCCCGCUUGCACAGCUCUGGGAUGAUAAUAUUAAGUGCAUGAGGUCAUAAAAGUAAUUACAAUUUAAUAUCUCAAAUCACAGAUUAUGAGACCAGUCAAUGCUCUCUUGUUGCAGAUUUGUAAGAGAUUCAUUAAUAUUUCCUAAAAAUACACUGAACAAACCUAAUCUGUGAUGAGAGCCUCCCCAUCUCCAAACCAACUACAAUUGUGGAUUAUGGACACGUGUUGCUCUUUUAUUGAAUUACAUAUCAAUGCAUUGUUUUAAUCAGAAAUGUUGCAACUAAAAGAUUAUAAUCAAAGUUGUAUUCAGAUGUACUGUAGCUGUACUGGGAGCUUUAAAGAUCUAUAUCAUUUGUCACAAACCUGUAUGCUCUUGCAAACAUACAGCUUGAAAACAUACUUGUUGAGAAAAUGUAAUGUGUCUUUAUUUAUUCGUACCAGAACCAAAGCAAAAGAAAAUCGUCUCAUAACAUAUGCAAAGUUUGACACUCACAAUACUACAUUUCUGUGUUUUAUUGUAAACUGACAACCUUUUUUUACGUCUGAAUACACUUACAAAAGCUAUCUUCCAGUUGCAACAUAUUUGAGUAGAUUGUCAAUACAAUAUGAGUAUCUUCCUGCUCCUGUCGAAAAUUAAACUGAAAAUGUUUCAAAAUAUUUUAAAUGA